UUCCUGUACGGUAAGGACCCUAAUGUGACAGCCAUGAUGAAUAAAAUAGACCUUGCUAUUCUACCUGUCUUAAAUGUUGACGGCUACGCCUACACCUGGACUAAAGACCGUUUGUGGCGAAAGAACAGAAGCCCCAACAAAGGAUCUACGUGUUUUGGUACAGAUUUGAAUAGAAACUGGCAAGUUGGAUGGGGAGCUCCAGGAGCGUCUGAUAAACCAUGCAAUGGCGUUUACCAGGGCUCAUCAGUCAUGUCUGAAAACGAGGUUCAGAACGUGGAUCGUUUCUUGAAAUCCGAGCAGAAAAGGCUUGUGGGAUUUCUUGAUGUGCAUAACUACAGUCAAAUGUGGAUGAUUCCUUGGGGAUAUGCCAAGGAAAAUGUUAAAGACUAUGACGAACUCGUGAGUAAUUCUACUAUACACUAUCUAUUAUAUUUAUGUUUUGGGACCUUCCAGGAUUAUGUGUACGGCUCAUUGGGAGUAAAAUAUGCGUUUGCAGUAGAGCUACGUGACAAUGGACAUUAUGGAUUCCUUCUUCCAGCAUCUCUUAUAGAGCCCACGGCAAAGGAAUUGUUUGAGGGACUAAAAACCAUGGUGUGGGAAAUGAAGCUAAAUUCCUGACACCAAACCACUGGGUGCGCGGUACAGUGUUAGAAAUACUGAAUCCUAUGAGAAAACUUUUUUUGUCAAGAGAUUUCCUAUCCUGGGGACAUCUCCUAAGAUAUCACUCUUGAAUGGAAACACCUCCCCCCUCCCCCCACUCCACCCCCCUCAAGCAAGAAAUAUCUAUUUCAAAGACUCUAUCGGCCGGAUGGUCUUUAGACACAAAACAAUAUGCAACUAUAUAUAUAUAUAUUUUGCAGUUAGGAGCUAAUUCCAAUAAUCUUUAUGCUCGGCUUAGAAUAAACUUUUUUUGAAUCAUUCAAAUACAGUUUUUGAACUGUAUUUUUAGCCCAUUUCAGGACGCUUUGUUUGCUCUAUAAAUCGUAAUUUGUCGCACAGUUUUAAAACAUAUGCAUGUCGUAGAUUUAUCAUGAGCUUGUGGCAAGUCACAAAGUUGUACCAUCACAAAUAUUUGGAAUGGUAGUUUAAUCUGUAGCAACGUGGUACACGUUCUGCGCCUCAAUUUUCAUGUCCCAAAAUCUC